AUGGCUGAACACUCUGGCAAUGGUGAGUUUGAGAUGAACGAACUCCCUACCGGCCAUUAUCAUGGCAUUGAAGUUGAAUCCGAAACGAACGAACUCCCUUCCGGAAACGCUCAUGCUCAGGCUCAUGAGGACCACCGCCCCCGCCACCCCCACGGCACUGGAACCUACUCGUUUGUUAUGAGAGUCAACCGACCGGCAGCCAACUUCUCCGAGAACGUUGCUCACCCCCCAGCAACAAUUGACCCGCAGCAGGACAGAGCCCGUCCUCGGGUCCUCUAUAUGGGUUACGAUCCUGCUGACAACCUUGAUCCGCUGAACUGGCUGAGAGGCAGGAAGUACCUUUUUCUAGCUACUAUAUGUUUCAUGAGCUUUCUCACGGACUUCUUGUCCGGAUAUGGCGUGCCCAUGAUGCUUCCGCAGAGCCAGGAGUGGGGUGUUUCCCUCAUCGACGUGACCCGUUCCUUGACGGGUAACACAUUCACUCAGGGACUUGGCAGUGUACUGACGAUCCCCUUUGCUCAACGCUACGGAGUCUUACCUGUUAUGUUCUGGUGUACUUCGAUGACGCUCAUGUUCACCAUACUCUGUGCGGUUUCUCCGAAUUGGAUUGGCUCCAUCGCCAUCCGUGUACUUCAAGGAUUCUUUUCCUCGGCUCCCCAGGUCCUAGGACUAACGAUCAUCCAAGAGAUGUUUAUUUUCGAGGAGCAUGCCAGGAUGAUUGGUAUUUGGGGCUGGUCUGUUCUGAUUGGUCCAUACUUCGGACCCUUCAUGGGUUCGUUCAUCCUGAAGGCACUUACCUGGCGUCAGGCAUGGUGGGUUGCUGUCGGCUUAGUUGCCUUUGGGCUUCUUCUGGUCAUUCUGAUCCUCGAAGAAACGGGUUAUGACCGUGUCAAUCGGUUCAAUAAUCCCCUUCACCCUGGAGGCUACUUUGAAGACAAAGUGUUCACCCUCUCGGGGAUGAUGGGGUACGAGGCCGGAGGCCGGAAGAAGUUUUUUCAGGCGGUUCAUGACAUCUGGCUGGUCUUCCGGCAGCCACAAUUUGUCUUGCUAUUCAUUUACCACGGUACGACGUACAUGUGGACUGUAGGGCUCAAUGGAACUUUGAUUUCAUACCUGGUACCCACAGUUUCAAAAGGGGGGUACGGAUUUGAUACGGUCGGCCUUGGGUUGAUCUACUUUGCGCCCAUUGUGGCGAUAAUUCUGGGCGAGCUCUUCGGCCAUUUCUUCAACGAAGCGCUGCAAAACCGUUCUAUUCGGAGGAACCAAGGGAUCUUUAAGCCCGAGGACCGUCUCUGGGGACUGUACCACGCCUCACCGUUGAUGACCCUCGGACUGAUCCUCGUUGGCUUCUCGCUUGAGAGGCAUUGGCACUGGUCCGUGGUCGCUGUCACUUGGGGUCUCUUCGUCUUCGCUGCGAUGACGAGCACCGUUGUGAUCUCCGCAUAUGUCCUGGACUGCUUCCCCGAGCAAUCCGCAAUCACCGCUGCGCUGCUCAACUUCAGUCGCGUGUUCUUUGGCUUCCUCGCCCCGAUCUUCCAGAAGACUUGGAGCAACAAGGUUGGAGCCGAUUGGAGCUUUACAACCCAAGGUUUCAUCUGCUUGUUGGCUCUGCUAUUGGUUAUUACUGUCCAGCGCUUUGGAAAGAACUGGAGAACCAAAGGAGAAAUGGGACCCUCCAUGAUUAUGCUUCAGCACGGAGCUACGGCUCGUUGA